CAAUAACCCCAGAUUGACGUCAGUCGGGAGCCGGGUUCGGUUAGCUGUCAUCUGCGUAGAAGGGAAGGGCAUGACAUGCACCGACAUUUUCCGGUGUACAGUUAUACAGUUAUACAUGCGUAGUAGCUUGUUAAAAGCAAACAAGUAUUUUGUGGGGUGUUAUUUCUUUAUGUGACAAAGUUAGCGGUGUAUUUCGUAUUGACUACGCACUGGCUAGCUAGCAGGCUAACUAGCUCUUAAUUUACUGUAACUGUUUAAAGGAGUUCAAACAGAAAGCCUCCGCAUGGCGUUAAUCCUGUUGACGAGGUCCCGGGCACCUUUAAUGAAAACAUCCAGGUCGUUGAAGAACGAAUUCAGGAAAAGUAAAGGGAAAGUACAAGAUGGUGCCUGUUUCAACUGCACAGCGCUCAGACUCUCCAGUCAAAAACUUGAUGGGCUCCGGCUGGGCAGUUUGGCCCAGGCCUCUCCCUCUGGCCCUUCCCUCCUCCUGUCAGAUGGGUACGUGGGCCCCAGCCAGAGCCCGGACUCCCAGCGCAUCCACUGUGCUUUUAUGUUGGGGGCCUCCUCUUCAGCGUACCCCGCCAUCACAACAGGGCCCCAGUGGACGUUAGCCCGACCGCAGGACAUCCGAGGUGUGAGGUGGAUUCACACCUCGAGGAGGAGAUGGGACGACUCCAAGGUGGAGAAGUCCCUGCGUAUAUUAAAGGACAAGAAAAAGACGAUGGAGGAAGGCGGGCCGGUGUACAGCCCCAUGCAGGAUUCAGAGCGCGUGAGGAGGUCCGUCCGACAGUGGAUUGUAGACGAAGUCAAACACUACUACCACGGCUUCAGGCUGCUGUGGAUCGACACCACCAUCGCUGGGCGCAUGCUGUGGCAGGUGCUGAACGGACACCCGCUGUCCCGCCGAGAGAGGAGACAGUUCCUCAGAACAUGUGCCGACGUCUUCAGGCUGGUGCCCUUCCUGGUGUUCAUCAUCGUCCCCUUCAUGGAGUUCCUGCUUCCUGUAGCUCUGAAACUCUUCCCCAACAUGCUGCCGUCUACCUUCGAGACAAAGUCAAAGAAGGAGGAGAGGUUAAAAACGGAGCUGAGAGUCAAACUGGAGAUGGCCAAGUUCUUGCAGGACACCAUCGAGGAGAUCGCUCUGAGAAACAAAGCGGACCAGGGCAACGUGACGGAGGAGUUCUCCACAUUCUUCCAGAAGAUACGGAACUCCGGGGAGCGACCCAGUAAUGAGCAGAUCAUCAAAUUCUCCAAACUGUUCGAGGACGAGCUGACUCUGGACAACCUGACCCGGCCUCAGCUGGUGGCUCUCUGCCGGCUCCUGGAGCUCCAGUCCAUCGGGACCAACAACUUCCUGCGCUUCCAGCUCAUCAUGAAGCUCAGGGCCAUCCGUGCCGAUGACAAGCUGAUAGCAGAAGAAGGGGUGGAGAGUCUGAACGUGAACGAGGUGCAGACAGCCUGUCGCGUCAGAGGGAUGAGAUCUCUGGGAGUCACAGAGGAACGACUGAGAGAGCAACUCGUCCAGUGGUUGGAGCUGCAUCUGAAGCAGCAGAUCCCCACCUCCCUGCUGCUGCUGUCCCGAGCCAUGUUCCUCCCCGACACCCUGUCCCCCGCCGACCAGCUGAAGACCACCCUGCAGACGCUGCCCGAAGUGGUGACUAAGGAGGCCCAGUCGAUGAUGGCAGAGAUGGAGCGCUCCAAAGUGGACAAUAAGGCGAAGCUGGAGACGAGGCUGCAGGAGGAGGCGGCCAUACGCCAGGACAACAAUGACCGCAAGAACGAGAGGCUGGCCGACGCUGCAGAGAAGGCUGCCAGGGAGGUUGAGUUGGAGAUGGAGGCGGAGCCGGUUCAAGCUGACAAGGCGGAGACACUGAGGGACACGGCACCGGUCAUAGAACCAGUCAAGUACGAACAGUGGCAGACAUUCCUGCGCUACCAGGGUGAGGAGAUCACCAAAGAGGAGAUCGACAUGUUGAGUGACGCAUGCUGUAAGCUGAAGGGCCAGAAGAGGCUGCUGACUCUGGAGAAAGAGGAGCUCGAAGACCUGAAGGACGACGUCCAGGAAUACAACGAGGAUCUGGAAGAGAUAAAGAAGGAGCUCUCUAAGACCGGACAAGAGAAAGCUCUGGAGGAGUCGAAGGCGAGCCAGCGUCUGUCGAAGAGAGUGAACCGAAUGAUCGGGCGCAUCGGUAAGAUCAUCGGAGAGCUGGAGAAGGACAAGGUCAUCCUGGACGGACAGAUGGAGAGUGGAACAACCCCACCUGUUGGUGUGUUCUACUCCUUCAGGGAGAACCUCAUCAGCAUCGACGAGCUGAUCAGCGUCAUGCGACAGAUCCAGAACAUUCCUGAGCACAAGCUGCAGAGCAUCGCCGAGUCGCUCGACGACAACAAGGACGGGAAGAUCGACAUCGACGACGUCAUCAAGGUGGUGGAGCUGAUCGACAAGGAGGACAUCGACAUCUCCACCUCUCAGGUGGCGGACAUCAUGGUGAUGCUGCAGAAGGAGGAGAAGCUGAUAGAGAAGGAGAAGGCCAAAGAGAAGGCUGAGAAGGAGGCAGCCACUUUCAAUAACUAACUUUUCAAUAAAGACACAUAGCGAUAUAUACAUAUAAAAAAGAGACCACUGACUGGCUCCCGGUCACAGAAAACUCUUCACAGCAGAUCGAUGUGGACGACCAUUAAGAGAGGUAACCGUUGCCUUCUCAAAAUGUCCUGAAAAUAACAUAAAAAAUCAUAAAAGAAGGCAAAUUGCCUUUAAAAACGCACAAAAUCUAACUUGAUAAUGUUAAACGUUUCUGUACUAAUCAUGUAAUAUGUGUUGAUUGUAUGUAACUUAUAUAUCAAUGAGUUAUUGAUAGAGGGAACACAAUGGUUAAUAUUCCAGCAUGAGAGAUGACAAAAGAGGAAGUUGUUUAAAGAUUAUGUUUGGAAAAUAUAUAUUGGGGAGAAAUAUUGUUUAAAGUUUGAGGUGAACCAUCUUACCUUUCUGUCAUCAUCUCAGAGAUCAUUUCUGGACCCUUCUCAGUCAUCUUCAUUACCAUCAUUUAUUUAUUUUCCUCUUUUGAUUUUGUUUAUUCAUCAUGCUCUCAUAUUGUAACCUUUUGUUAUUUCUUUCUGAACGGUUCUUGCACAGGGUAGCUUUUUGCUUGCGUUAGUGUAGUAUGGUGGCUGCUAACAAAUAUAUAAUCACACACAGAAAAUCCACAAAAAACAUUAAAUCAUGUGUGAGAUUAAAAUAAUGCUAAUUAUUCAAUCUAAUAAUAAAAAAUAAAAAUCCUAGCUUUACGUUCAUCAUUCCCAGUCAAUCAUAAGUACAUGGAGGAUUCAUGUGUUGGAUGUUAAUGACUAAAGUUAGCAUCAAUAUUAAAAACUACUGUACUGGAUUUUCUUUUCAUUUUGUACUUAAUAUUUUGUCUCAUUUUAGCACUUCAUAGUCAUUCUUGUGUAUUUUCAAUAGAUCUCUGAUAAAUGCCAAAAUUGCACUAUGGCACAUUUAAUCAUAGCUUUUUGAUUCCUAAAACCAACAAACAAACAAAGCCGUUAAGACUGACUUAUAUUCCUCAGCAGUAAGGGUAGUGCGUGUCUUGACACAAAAACAGCCAAACAAUUGAAAUACCAGUCAGUUGUAUAGAGUAGAAAAGUGUUUAUUUGUUUCGUUUUUUUCUGGUUUCUGUCUCGGAAAGUAUUUUCCAGUUGUUUGGAGGUUGUCUGCUCGGAAGGUGGAAGUAGUUUAUCUGCAACUAGUUCAUCUUACGCACAUGAGUAGUGUGAUAACUCGUAAUCCUGACCUCCAUAGCUUGAAUACUAAGUGACCUUUGCUUGACAGAGAUAUUAUGGAUCACAAACGGCUGUAUAUUUUUUGAGUACUAUACGGUAGAUAGUCUUCACAGAGGAUUUACUUGAUGUAAUUUGGGCUGAAAGACGCUUUGUUGUAGUUGAAGGUGGUUAGAGGCACACACUGAGUUAUUUAGCACUGCAGCCAUGAAUGUCAAGUCAACUGAGCUUUACGUCCCUUUUCAACUGUGUUCACACUGCAGGCAGCCUGGCCACUGCAUUUUGAAGUGCUGCAAUUCAUAUUUAUUUUGAUUUUAUUUGAUGCGCUUUGUUUAAACGUUAAUAACAUGUCAAACAAUGGACAAGAUGACGGUUUCAAAUGAUGAUUUUUAGUCUGUCCAACAGCCAUAAUCGGGGUUUGGAUUCAAUUGGUAAAAAUAAAACAGGAAAAAUUAGCAAAUUCUUAUCAUUUAGAACUUGGACACAGCCAUCAUUCAUUUUUUGCCGAAUUCAUGUCUUACACAAGUACUAUAUUUUCAAAAUGGAGGUCUCUCUCAAUCAGCUCAUUGUUUAAUUGAAUACUUUCAGCACACUGAGUUGUUUGUCUAGUGGCUCCAGUGUGAUCCCACAGUAAAGGGAAGAUUUAGUGUUGGGUACUCUGUGGUGGAACAAACACUUUUUCCUCCAUGGUAACCAGAGAGGAGCUCAGGUGUAAACGUCAGAAGACAAAGUGGUGCUUGAGAUAGCGUUGAGAGGACGGCGCUUCAUUGAAUCUGUUCCCGGAAUCUGCUGUCAUACGUGUGCGUGAUUUAGAGCUCGUGGUGCUCUGUCCCGGGUCAGACCCAGCGCUGCAGUCACUCGGAUGGGUGCUGAUGGGUAAACACUCGCCCCAUACAUGGGCCAGCCAGCUCCUCUGGAGGGUUGUGUUUAUGUUAGAGACGAUCCUGCGGCACAUGGCAUGCUCUGCGCCGCAUAAAUCAGCCGUCGGUGUAAACGCUGUGACAACGUCUCUAUUACACUUGGCAGCGGAGAGGGGUGUUUGUGGUCGGGUCGGAGGAGUGUGUGUACGUUAGCAGCACUGCCACUGUCUCUAGGCGCCGAGGGGCCAAAGGACCGGGGGUAUAUGUGUGAUAGUGAUGUAUACCAGGGCAUCAAGGUCUGGAGAGGAUUGAAAUGGUAUGUGUGUUGAUGCAGAGCGCUCCAGGAAAACUAAAUGUAUUCAUCUGUUAAUAAUUUAAUCUGUAAAAAGUGAUCUGUCAGCACCCAGGUUUUUGUCCAACCAACAGUCGAAAACCUCAAUCAUUUGUAUUUACAAUCAUUAACCUAAACUCAAAAGUGUUUGGCAUGUUUAGUGAGCGAAAUUAUUAAAAACAAGUGAUCUGUUAUUUUCUGUCGAUAAACGAAUUAACCAACCAUUUCAGUUCUAAAUUCUUCGCAUCUUCAAGGUAAUCUUUUUGUGUAACAAAGCCCAAACAUUUUACAAAACUAUAGGAUAUUCAAUAUAGAAGCAGAAAAUGAAAAUGUGCUAAUUCUUACACGUAAAAUGGUUGCAGAUAUUAUCAAACAAUUGUAUAUUCUCGCAAAUAUUGUGCUACUAAAGACCUAUAAAAUAACUUCAUACACUGGUCCUUUGGACAUUAUAUUUCGGACAUGCUAGCAGGAUAUGAUAAUAAAACAUGAAAACCUGACGAACCUAAAAAUGCAUUCAUGAAAUUCUGGAGAAAACAAUUACAUUUUUUAUAAAGAACAACAUAAAGGAACCAUGAUAUGAAAGCAGAAUGCUACAUGACAACAUUUAAAAAAGUUUGCCUAUAUUUACAAAACUUAGAUUGUUAUUUACAAAACCUCUGCAGGCGUGCAUGGUGGUUUGUGAUUGUGUGUGGAGCGGAGCAGCGUUCAAAGCUCACCGCUGGCAGCAGUGUUGCACUAUGUUUCAGAAAAGUCUUUCUAAGGGAGGAAGAGAGGAGGGAUACCGUUGGCAGCAGAGGCAUUUUGACAGCGAGCUUGUUUUUCAUUGGAAACAAAGUCCAGUAUGCAGGAGUCUUGUUUUUUUCUCUUUUGGUGACUUUCAUUUGACAUUUUAGACUCAUUGGAAGAAGAAACGGCAGAUUUGAGCUCGCUGUCUCUGACUGUCCUCUGCUAAGUAUUUCCAAUGUGUAAAUAAUACACUAUUUGUUUUUGAUACCGCAGGUGUGUGUGAACUGCUAUGUGAGCUGCUUUGUCGCGAUCUACGAUAUAAAAACCGUCCUUAAAGAUUCCUGUAGAGUUUGAGGAGUUGUAUGCUAGAAGAACAAAUACUUAAAGCAAUAAGUCAUUGAUGCAUCAUGUGCAUAACCUUGUAUUUCCCUUUCUUCCUUUUUGAGGCAGAGGUGUGUUUGAUUGUAAUAUAUGUAAUUUAGAGUCAGUAAGAAAAAAGGCUGCUAUAACCAAAAAUGUGUGGUUUUUGAUGGUCUGAUUUUUGGGAGGUGAUGCACUAGUUGGUGAUUAUUGUAUGGAACUAUAUAUUUUUAAGAAUCCACUUUUUCCAGGAAGCUACCCUUUUGUAGGAUCUUUAAAAAUAUAUGAGAUUUAUCUUUGGGUGGAAGUAGGGGGAAAGGCAGCUGGAGACUGAAACCAGGAUCAGGAGAGUUGUUUAAAGUCAGGGAAACAUGAUGAGGAGGAGUCGGAGUCUAACUGGAGCAACGAUCAGGUUCAUACUCUGGUCUGGAAACUAAGAAAAUAAUCAGGUGGAGAAAACGUUUUAAUUAAUAGCACAUCCACCAUCUUUUAUCACGAGUUCAGGUGUGUUCAGGCAGAAGGCUAAGCAUAUAUUCCUCACUUUUCUACCAGUUUCAAAUGUAGAAAAUACAUAUAUAUUCAAGAUUUGUUUGCAUGUGUGGAAAUGGAAAGACGCAUUUUUUUAACAUUUCCAAGCGCCGAAAAUAAAAUGCUCUUUGCCUUCUGUCUGAACCGGUCUGUUCACAGUAAAUAAUUAAUUUCACAUUUUUAAAAGCCCCGUGUUGGCUAGCCACUUUUAGUUUACAUGACAUUAAUCCCAAACAAUAAUCAAAUUUAAUUCUAAAAAAUAAAUGCAGGAAUCCAGUGUUGGUCUUUGAAGUUUUAAUAAUCUAACAUCAGAGAAAGAAAUCAGGUAACAUCUCAACUCGGUUUGAAAGGUGCGGUGAAAUCAUGCAGUAUAAAGACAAAGCCUGCUGGAGGUUUAGUUUUGAGAUAAUUGUCAUGUUAUUUAUUUAUUUAAUCAAAUUUUGCAAUGUUUUUUUUUUUUCUUCCUCCAAAUGUGGACAUGUUCUUUGACAACAUGACCUGAUAUCAGAAUUUAGUUUGACUAACUUGACCCUCAAAUGUACGAAAAGCUUCAUUUAUUUUUAAACACAGAUCAAGUGUCAAUGUACAGAAACUUUUAAAAAUGAAUCAUACAUGUUGAAUAAAUUAUGGAUGAUCCUGGAUUCUCUUUUUUGUUUGAUUUUGUUUUCCCAUCACUCAUGCUUUGUCUCAUUUCCACCCAGCCAUUUUAGUUUGUGUGUGUGUGUGUGUCAUCUCUAAAGCUCUCCAUGCAGACAUUUUGUGUGUUUUGUUAUCCCAAACCCUCAAUCUUCACAUCACUGCCUCUCCCCACAAAGCCUCCGUACUCCACAGCUGGAGCUCAACCCGGCUAAAAUGUUAAAGUCUGAAUGUUAACAGAUUAAAGUAAAGUCCACAGACGCAUCGAGGCCAUUACAGAUCUUGUUUUUAAGUCCUUAUGCACACUGAACGUCCUGUAAAACGCCAUCAUUGGCUAGGCUGACAUGCUUUCUUCUUGCAGGUUUCUGUUGAAUAUUUAAUCAUUUCCUUUUGCAUUAAUGGCAAAAAGAAAAAUUAUUUUAUUUUGGCGGUGUGUCCCUGCUUAUGUGAUGCUCUGGAACAGAUCCAAACAAAGCCUGAAAAUACCAGAUACACAACAUUUAAUGAGUACAGUUUAAAAUGUGAAUACAGGAAGAGGCUGAGCAGGCAGAGUGAGUCUCAUUCAGAACAGAGAGCGUGUUAACCAAUGGUAAUUGCAUAAGCCUUACAGCCUUGAGUAUUCCUUGUGUUAACAGAGGUUGAGAAGUAAUGAACUUACUUUAGAGCAGCACGUCACUGUAAGAAGCUAAUGGUAUCUGAAAGUGGGUCCCAGGAAUGUAUAACGUUUGCACAGGUAUGUUCUGUAAAUAGUAAGUAGAGGUAUAAUUGUAUAUAAGAUUAAAUAUGGGUUGUUUAAAGGCAGAAUUCUGCAAAAUGAAACGUAUGGGUGUCAUUUUUAUGUGGUUUGGAAAAUGUUGGAUUUAUUUAGAUGUACUCAUUAUUUCCCCGAGGCACAAUUAAUAAUCACAUCUAAAGUUGCAGGGGUCUAAAAAACAUUUCUGGUGUUCGCUGCAGUCCUUCCUAAAAAACACGAAUAUUACUAAUGAAGCUUUUUCGUCGGCUUUUAAUGCCCAUAUAUAAGUUUGACACGUUUACUCUCCUUCAAUCCAGUUUGUUUUGUCUUUUGUUUCAAUUUCAUCCAUUUUCCAUCGGUUUUACCCUCAUAUUCAUAUAUCAUGAACAUAUGUCAAUAUCUGAUGGAGAUGAUAAAGAUUUUGCACAAGUUAAAUGAACCUUUUCUGAAGAUUCAAAUAAUAAUAAUAAUAAUGGGCCUUUUGACUCUUAAAACGGCUUUUAAGAACAUUUUCCAAUGUAAUUCCUAGAAGUUUGAUGAAUAUGGGCUCGGGAUGAGAUGUUUACGAGCGAAACUUAAAGGGAGAUUCAGUGUAGAAAAUACUAUCUAAGUGAUCCUCAAUCCUGGGACUCAGCUCCCUUAAGUGGACACUUGAAGCAGCAGAUUGAGGUCCUCACUGCUGCAUAAACAGUAUGUGGACCUUCUUUUAAAGUAGAAUUUUACUGUAAAUAAGUUAAGGAGCUCGCUAGAUGUCUCACUGUGCAGCACUUAGUCCCAUCGCAGACUGCAUGCUCGAGUAGAAUAAAACAUAAAACUCUUCUAUCGGUGUAUAACCUGAGUCUGUACAACAUGUAUUUGUAUUUUUCACAUUUUGGGGUAUUUUCCUGAUGUUAGAUCUCUGCUGAGAAAAACACACAGACUCUCCUCACAGCUUCAGUGUUCUGUAAAGUUUUCUCAAAUAUGUAAACUGACUGGGCGUGCUUCACUCAGAUACUUAAGGAAAGAACUAUAGGAAUCCUAAAAGCCAAGAAGAAGAUUGAGAGGAAGGGGUGACUUGUUUUGACUCAAAUGUCCUCUCCUCACAGGUGCUUCAUGCUUUGUACUGUAAUUUAUUUAUUCUGGAAGUCACAUGUUUUUUUUUAACAUCAGUGCCUGAGGAUCAUUUUAUUGACCACAUCCAAGUCCCUGUGGUUGAUUAUGUUCUGUUGUGGUUUCUUACAACCAGUUGUCAUGUUGGUUAUGUUAUUCUUUUAACCACAUGAACUCUUAACAUCUUGUUUGAAAAAAGAUUGUGGUGUUGAGAAAUGUUGGGUUAAUUCAUCGUUUCUUCCAGAGCAUCAUUGAUAUUUUCUUAGGGGCAAAAUGUCAUUUUAGAAGUGACAAUUUCAUAACAAAACAAUGAGGUAUUUAUUAUGAAACAUGAUUUCCCACUCAAUUUUGCCCCAACAAUAAACUGUACUUAACUUUCUUGGAAACAAAACUUUUAAACAAACUAUUUUAAAGUUUUUAUCUUUAAACAGCUUAAAAAAAGAAGGCAAUGCAACUUUAUUUGUAAAGCAGCUUUCCUACAUUGAUCAAUUCCAGCUGAAAAACACACAAGCCUAACUCAACCACAUUGGUGCUCACAGAUAAUAUAAUGCCUUCCAAGUCGUGCUGGUUUGAAAGCCCCCCCCCCCCCCCCCCCGCCCCCCUUAAUUACAUCUUAAGGGCUUUUAAAAAAUGCAAUAAUGAUAUUUAUUAAUAAGGUAUAACGAAUGUAUAUUUUUAAAUGUAUCACUUGGUGUUAUGACUAUACUCUAUUUACAUGUUCGAGUUGCUUCAUCAACCUCUAGUUUUUGCUUCAGGCUUCUUCGGUUUAUUUGUGAUGGUAUUUCCACACCAUGUUAAAGAUUUUGGAAUUUUCCAUCUGUCACGACAUCUGAAUGUCCUGUCUGACUACAAAGAGCUGGGGAGAGUAAAACAGUUUGGAAAUCAUACAAAACAGGAAACAACAGCUGUUGAAUAACACUGGGAUUUGUAUUCAUAGUGAGAAAAGAACAUAGCGUCGAUCAUCAAUGUAAAUCUUCACACAGAUGCAGAAGUUUAUAAAACUGAAAAGUGUUUAUAGUGAAACCACACUGUUGUCUGCUUCAGUAUAAAACUCACAGGGCUGUCUAAACGAACAUCUGGAUGGUUCGCCAGCUGCUGUGAUCACGCUGUUAUUCACAUCGCUUGAAACGAACUGCAAUACAUCUCGCUGCUGUCUGUGCUUCUGCCUUCAGUAGUAGUGGUCUAUUCUAUCUGUUAAUGAAUACAACCCAUUUUAAAUAAACACAUACUGAUACUU